AUGCGGGAUUCGUCUUCUCAGGCCUUCUCGAACGCCGUGCACUCGUUGGCGGGCCGGCGGGUGGGCCCGGCGACCUGGGCCUGGGGCUGGGCGCCCGCGGCCGGGGGUCCUGGCCCGAGGAGGGGCUUCAGCUCUGAAGUGAAGACGGAGGACGAGCUGCGGGUGCGGCACCUGGAGGAGGAGAACCGAGGAAUUGUGGUGCUUGGAAUAAAUAGAGCUCAUGGCAAAAAUUCACUCAGUCUAAAUCUUAUAAAAAUGUUGUCAAAAGCUGUGGAUGCUUUAAAAUCUGAUAAAAAAGUGCGGACCAUAAUAAUCAGGAGUGAAGUCCCAGGGAUAUUCUGUGCUGGUGCUGACCUUAAGGAAAGAGCCAAAAUGAAUUCCAGCGAAGUUGGUCCUUUUGUCUCCAAAAUAAGAGCAGUGAUUAAUGAUAUUGCUAAUCUUCCAGUGCCAACGAUUGCAGCAAUAGAUGGACUUGCUUUAGGUGGUGGUCUUGAGCUGGCUCUAGCAUGUGAUAUUCGAGUAGCAGCUUCUUCUGCAAAAAUGGGCCUGGUUGAAACAAAGCUGGCAAUUAUUCCUGGUGGAGGGGGGACGCAGCGAUUGCCACGUGCCAUUGGGAUAUCCCUGGCCAAGGAGCUCAUCUUCUCAGCACGUGUGCUCGAUGGCCAAGAAGCCAAGGCAGUGGGCUUGAUCAGCCAUGUUCUAGAACAGAACAAAGACGGGGAUGCUGCCUACAGAAAGGCUCUGGACCUAGCAAGAGAGUUCUUACCUCAGGGACCUGUUGCAAUGAGAGUGGCAAAAUUAGCAAUUAAUCAGGGGAUGGAGGUCGAUUUAGUAACAGGGUUAGCCAUAGAAGAAGCUUGUUAUGCUCAGGUCCGCUAUAUGCCUCAGCACAUGGAAUCUCAGCGACCAAAGUGAAGAGCAAAUUGUUCAUGUAGUGUAUUAAGCAUCUGGAGUGGACCCGUGUACUUCAUUCAAAUGUGUAAAUGUCAUAUUCAUUCAUAUUUAUAAAGCUAGUAGUGUAUAUUGUCAGAAUUGGGUAUACAUUUAAAAAUAUUUCCUGUGUAUGAAGCUUCUGUUCUUAAUUUUUUAAUGUGAAUAAUUUAUAUAUUGCAUAUUCUAGGAAAUAAUAUUGAUUGUAUGUCUACUGUGCUCCAUUAAGAAAAUAAAUUAUUUCUGUAUACCAAAAAUGUGAAGUUAUACCAAAUAAAGUUUCUAAGUGAUUAUAUACAUAGGAACAGACGCACAUAUAUACAUCUCAACCUGAAAAAUGAAUUGAUAGAUAUUCUGAGUGAAAACUACCUAACAUAAAUAAAAUUAGUGAAAAACAAA